UUUUGUACUAAUAUAAAAUAAAUGUGAAACAUUUUGUAUGUGUUAUGUAUUUACUCCAAUUAUGGACGAAGUGAGUAGUAGUAAAAAUAAAAUUACUGCAUACAGAUAUGGUCAAUGAUAGUAGUAACUCAGAACAAGCAUCCAAAACAAAACAUUGGUGCAGACGCUUUGGUGAUGGAGAAGAAUACAGGCGGAUGCUACAUGGCCGUAGUUAGUCUGGUAGAGGAGCUGCAGCAGCACCUUUGCCUUAACAAUCUCAUCUUUAGGAACUCCGCUCCCUUCAGCAAGAGGGAGAUUCUAAUUCUGCACGAUGCAGUCACUUCUAUGCACUCGCUCCUCCUCACUCAUUCUUCGGGACUCACUUACAAUUAUCACCUCAUCAAUCCAAUCUCCGACAACAGGAUCCUAUCUUUGGCUCAUAAUGCUACGAAAUAUCUCGACUUUUGGGACAGACAGUUGCAUAUCUGAAGGGCAUCAUGAAUCGGAACUUGUCCAUAGCCAUGCGAGAAACCCCUAGCCUCGCUGGAAUCACAAAAGAGAUGAUCGCCAUCAAUCACGAGCUUAACAUAUUUCACCACUCCUCUUCCACAGGAGCAUAUAAUCCCUCAUCUUGGUUGAUUCCAUUGACAACUACUGUAAAUCCAGAAGCCAAAAUGAUCGGUCUUGAAAAUGAGUUUGUAGCAAUGUUGGACUGUCUAACUGGGCAUCCAUCCAAGCUAAAAGUUUUCCCAAUCAUCGGUAUGGCUGAGAUUGGCAAGACUACUUUCUCCAACAAACUGUAUCAUAAUCCUCUUGUGGUUCACCACUUCUACAUUCGUGCGUGGGUUACUGUCUCACAGCAAUAUCAAGUCAGAAAAAUCUUGUUGACAAUUCUAAAUUGCGUUGCCAAUGAAGAUUCAUUUGAUUUGCAAGGGAGGAGCGAGGAGGAACUAGAAGAAAAGGUAUAUAGGAUUUUAAAGCAGAAGAGGUAUCUCCUGGUACUAGAUGAUAUGUGGGAUACUAAAGCUUGGGAUGAAUUAAAGAGAGUAUUUCCUGAUUAUAAGAAUGGUAGUAGAAUUAUUCUUACAAGUCGGCUUCAAGAAGUAGCUGUUCAUGCAAGUGAAGACACUCCUGCCCACUGCCUGCGUUGCUUGAGUAUGCAUGAAAGUUGGGAGCUUCUAAGCUCAAAGAUCUUUGUGGGUGGUGAAUCCUGUCCUCGGGAUAUGGUGGAGGUUGGAAAGCAAAUAGCCUAUAAAUGCCAUGGUCUGCCACUAACAAUAGUUGUUUUAGGAGGGCUUCUGUCAAAGAUGAACAAGAAAAUAGAUGUUUGGGAAUCAGUUGCCCAAAGUGUGGGGUCACUGGUGAUGGAAGAAGCAGACCAGUGUCGACAGACUUAACACAUACUUGCUUUGAGUACAACCAUUUGCCUGACACCGAAAAUAGGAGCCCAAUGCCCCAUGAGCUGCCACAAGAAGCCAAAGGAAGGGCUUAUAAAUACCGCCACCUUCUCCCCACUCCACACACAUACUCUGCCAAGUUCUCGCAAGGCAAGGGAGUGCAGCGGAGUGAGGAGCAGCGGCGCGGAGCAGCGGCAGUGAGAAGGGCAGGCCGAAAGAGUUCAUCGAUCAAGGUAAUCCCCUCAACGACCCCUCUUCGCAUCAUAUAGAGCUACCACUCGAGUAUCAAGAACAUAGAAAACAUAGAGGUAUCACCAACGAUUAGACACCGUAACCCCAGUAGAUCAAUCGAGUUCAUGCACCAAUAAUCCCAAUAUCACAUAACUACUGCUCAACUCACAGUAGCAACCAAGGAGCAAAAAUUCAAUUUGGAUCACAACUAGACAAAGUCCCUAAUCACCAAAUACUGCUGUAACCCGUUAACAAGAAAACGAACGGGGAAAGGGGGGAAGGGACUUAGCUUAGACGACGGAGCCCCAGAGAGCUGACGGGGAUGGCGACGGAGGAGCUGCUGAGCAGCUGGACCGUCUGGGCUCGGCAUGGCGCUCGGCGGAGGAACGAUGGCUACUACCCUGGUUAGGCAUCGCCGCUGGAACGGAGAGCUUGGCGGAGCCCGGCGUCCGUCGAGGCGGCAUCUCGCCGGAGCGAGAGAGGGUAGAGGCGACGCCUCCCCCAAGUCGGUAAACCGCCGUGAAGAGAGGGAAGACGCCGGAGGAAGGCGUGAACGACGGCGACUAAUUCUCGCCGGAGUGGCGACGAGAUGAGAGAGAUAGAAGGGGAAUUUGCGGUUGAAAUGAGGGAUGAAGAAAUGGGAUUUGGGGAUUUUUAUUCU